AUGAACAGAAUCAUCCAUCUACUGAAAAACUGUACCUCCGCCUCUCACAUCGACCAGAUCCAAGCUCAACUCAUCCAUCACCAUCGCCACCUCUAUCUCAACAUUACCGUAGCCCACUACUUCAUCGCUGCCUGCAAAUCCUUUUCCCUCUUAACCUCGGCUUACCUCCUUUACACCCGUCACCUCGAUUUCAAACCCCGCGUCUGCAUAUGCAACACCCUCAUCAAAGCAUUAACGCCUCAUGCUUCAAUAUCAUUCUACGCCCACAUGAACCGCAACUCCAUUUAUCCCAACAGCUACACCUUCCCUCUUGUCCUUAAAUCCCUCUCCGACCUUAAAGACACCUUAAGAGGCCUAGCAGUUCAUACACAUAUCGUUAAACUGGGUCAUCUUAAUGACAUUUACGUUGAAAAUUCAUUGAUGAGUAUGUAUUCGUCAGGUGGGGAAAUGGGGCUGUGUCGCCAGAUGUUCGAUGAAAUGUCUCAAAGAGAUGUGGUCUCCUGGACGGUUAUGCUUACCGGAUAUAGACAAUGUGGGAAGCUUAAUGAUGCAUUAUUGACAUUUAACCAAAUGCAUUAUGCAGGUGUGGCGCCUAAUCAGGUGACCAUGGUUAAUGCGUUAGCAACAUGUGCGAGUUGUGGUGCUAUUGACAUGGGUGUUUGGAUACACGAGUUUAUAAAGAGGAACUCGUGGGAACUUGAUGUGAUCUUGGGGACUUCAUUGGUCAACAUGUAUGGAAAAUGCGGUAGGAUUCAAGAUGCUAUAGAUGUUUUUCUUAGCAUGGAACAGAAGAAUGUGUUCACUUGGAAUUCCUUUCUUAAGGGUUUAGCCAUGACAAAACAUGUUGAAGAGGUGUUGUGGUGGUUUUCAAGAAUGGAACAAGAAGAAGGUAUCAAGCCUGAUGAAGUGACUUUGGUUGUGGUACUAUCUGCUUGUGCUCAUUCUGGAUUAGUACAAAAGGGGAGAGAAAUCUUUUCUUCAUUAUUUAACAGGAAAUACGGGUUUCUUCCAAAUGCCAAGCAUUAUGCUUGUUUGGUUGAUCUUUUAGCACGUUCGGGUUCUUUAAAAGAGGCCAUGGAAAUCAUCAAGGAAAUGCCGUUUGAGCCUAGUAAAAGUGUAUGGGGAGCUCUUUUUGCUGGGUGUAGAGCUCAUGGGGACAUGGAAAUGAGCGAGCUUGCAGCUUGGAAACUUAUAAAACAUGCACCAAAUGACCAUACUUGCUAUGUUGAAUUGUGUAGUUUGUACACUGAUAUGGGAAAGUGGAGUGAAUUGGAAAGAGUUCAAUCAUUGAUGAGGGCAAACGGGCUUAAGAAUGAUUCAGGAGUUGCUCCCUUGGAACCCAAAUACAUGAUUACCUAUUAG